CUUGCCCCGUGUGCAGCCAUGCCGCAGUUUAUCGAGGUCUUAAAUCAGUUUCAGUGAAACCUUUUUUGAAGUUCAGACCCCACGUGAACAGCAGUAUCUCUCUGCCGGGAAGGAACAGGAAGUGGCUGGUGCAGUUACACACACAGACACCCGGCAGUUGAACGUAGAGAUCUGGCUGUGUUUUUGGUGUUGUUGAGUGAGAAACGAGUGUAUUAGUUCAAUCGUUUCCCUUCAGAACAAGGAAGUGGUUUGGCUGAGAACUCUGGUGGUGUAGAAGCAGACUGACUGACAGCUGUAAUAAUGACAGCUAUGAAAGACAACCUAAGCCCUUCUGAUGAAAAGCCUGUCCAGCGCUCCAAGUCUUUGAGCUUUAAGACACAGAGAGAGACUUGUGCGUCCUGUGACAAGACUGUGUAUCCGAUGGAGAGAUUGGUUGCCAACAACCUGAUCUUCCAUACGACAUGCUUCUGCUGCAAGCACUGCAACACCAAGCUCAGCCUGGGCACGUAUGCGGCGCUGCAAGGCGAGUUUUACUGUAAGCCGCACUUCCAGCAGCUGUUCAAGAGCAAAGGGAACUAUGACGAGGGCUUCGGACGCAAGCAGCACAAAGAGCUCUGGGCCUCCAAAGACGCCGAGAGCAUCACCAAGUCACCGUGAUGACCUCGUCACACCCUCGUCUUCUACUGAUCUCCAGUGCUUUCUCACCUCUCAACGACUGAAUCUGAUUCUGUCUAAAACCUGCCUCUAUCUCACACACACACAUCAGUACACACUCCAGACAUGCACAAACCACACACAUGAUGGGGCGGGCAUCUCGCAUCUCUUCUCGAGCAGUUUUCUGCCCUUUAGCUUUUAGGAAAUGAUUUCAAUUUUAAAUUUUUCUUUUUUUUUCCGGCGUGGUUCCAUCCACAACAAUUAACUCACUGAUUGUGACCAAAACCCCACUUCAAAGGGGGAGUUUUUUUUUUUUUUUGCUUCUGUUUUCUUUUAUCUUCUAUCAUUUUCUUUUUUGCCUUCUUUUGUCAGGUACACAUGGUGGCACAUGAAAGGUCCUUUAACUGAACUACUUACACGAAUACAAAAUUUUCAGGAUGUACACUCAGGUAGUGGUUCUGGGCUGUGUGAUCCGUUAUUUCUGUCUUUGGACGAGCAUUAUAUCAUUUAUUUUUUAUUUUUUUUUAGGAGAGAGUCAGGCGUCCACUUUGCCUUUUUCUUUUUAAUAUAUCAGCAGGGUAUUCUAUCUGUGAAAGUACAGGGUAUAUGGUACUGUAUGCAUCUCUGCUGAACAUAUCAUACUCAAAAGUCUUAAAGGGUGCUUUCACACCUUUAUAGUCCGUUUUACCAUGUCUGAAACUUGUACUUUCGGUAUGUUUGGUUUGGUUUAGUGCACAAAACCCCA